AUGGAGAAGAGAAAGAACAUUAGUAAUCCUACCUCAAUUAUUAGUCAACUUCCCUUGGAUUUAGGAUCAAAUAUCCUCUUAAGACUUCCAAUCAAAGACAUAAUUCGUUGCCGUUGCGUUUGCAAGCAUUGGAUUGAUGAUAUCAUCCACCACCCCAAUUUCACCAGUUUACACACUCGCCAUCUUCUCGAAAGCAACAGGACAAAUCCAAGUGGCUCAAUCAUCCUUUUUUGUCCUCGGUCAUCUCGUUUGUACUCCUUGGAUUACCAUUCCCCUGUCAACCAGGUAACUCGCCUCUCUAACUUUCCAAUGGUUAAUCAACGACUCAUUGGUUCUUGCCACGGAUUGCUAUGUUUUCAGAAAAUAAACAAUGUUGAUUCUUCCCUUCAACACUAUAAAUGUAGACAGUUUUCGCUUUAUAAUCCGUUAACAGGCGCUGUUAACAUGUUACCGCCAUUGUUUCCAAAGAAUGAGGGCACCCACAUUAUGGCCGGGUUUGGAUAUGAUAGCGUCGUGAAUCAUGAUUAUAAAAUUUUAUGUUUUGUAUAUAGCUAUCCUUUUCCGAAGCAGGCUGAAUAUUAUAUUUAUAGUUUGAAGAACAAUUCAUGGAAAUUCAUCACUAAUAAACCAGAUUUUGUUUCUAAGAUUCCUUGUUCUUCAUGUAUGGUUUACUCUAAUAACUCCUUGUAUUGGAUAGCUCGUACUAACACUUAUGAUAUCCUGCCAAGUAUAACUAGUUUCGAUCUUGGAAGGGAGGAAUGUUGCGAUGUACCAUACCCUGAUCGCGUUGGUUAUAAUAUAUGGGUAUUAGCUGAUAUAAGGGGUCGCUUGCAUUUCGUAAAUUGUUUGAAUGAUGACAUGAUGCAUGUAUGGAUUAUGACGGAGUAUGGUGUGAAUCAAACUUGGGAGAGUCUAAUUGGCAUCCGACUUCGCCAAGGUGUUGUUGAAAACCAAACCUACAGGGAGUGGGGUUUACCAUUCAAUAAACCAUUACCAAACGAAGUCCCCUCAUAUUUUCCGCCAUUGCCUCUUGCUUAUUCACAGGAUGGACAACAAGCCCUUGUGAGUGUAGGGCGAAAUGUUGUGGCUUUUCUUGAAUGUGACGUGCGUAGUGGAAAAUUCAAGGAGCUCAACAUAUGUGGUUUGCCGGAUGAUUGGAAAGAUGGAUAUGUAGCGAUGCCAUGGUUUGGAUCCCUUGUUGCCCCUUCAAGUGAGCUCAUGUAA